GGCGUCAGCCGUGAGCUCCUCCUCCUCCUACACUUGUCUGCCCCGCUUCAGUUCAGACUUGAGACGACACGCUAUAGUCACGCACACGCACAUACCCACCACCACCGUACCGUACCAGCCAUGGCAAAGUUUGCUCUCGGCCACCACCGCGAGGCCGCUGACACCGGCUGCGUCCGCGCGGUGCUCGCCGAGCUCAUCCUCACCUUCCUCUUCGUCUUCGCCGGCGUAGGAUCAGCCAUGGCCACGGGGAAGCUGGCCGGCAGCGCUGACUCCGUCGUGGGCCUUACGGCGGUGGCGCUGGCGCACACGCUGGUGGUGGCCGUCAUGGUGUCCGCGGGGCUCCACGUCUCUGGCGGCCACAUCAACCCGGCCGUCACGCUGGGCCUGGCCGUCACGGGGCGCAUCACCCUCUUCCGCUCCGCGCUCUACACCGCCGCCCAGCUCCUGGGCUCCGCCCUCGCCUGCCUCCUCCUCGCCUUCCUCACCGGCGGCGCGCCCACGCCCGUGCACGCGCUGGCGCCGGGCGCCGGCGCGCUCCAGGGCGUGCUCAUGGAGGUGGUGCUCACCUUCUCGCUGCUCUUCGCCGUGUACGCCACCGUCGUCGACCCGCGCCGCGCCGUCGGAGGCAUGGGCCCGCUGCUGGUGGGGCUGGUCGUCGGAGCCAACGUGCUCGCCGGCGGGCCCUUCUCCGGCGCGUCCAUGAACCCCGCGCGCUCCUUCGGGCCGGCGCUCGCGGCCGGGGUCUGGGCCGACCACUGGGUCUACUGGGUCGGGCCGCUGAUUGGCGGGCCGCUCGCUGGGCUGGUCUCCGACGGCCUGUUCAUGGCCCAGGGAGGCCACGAGCCUUCCACCAAGGGACGACGACGGCGGUUUUUUCUUUUUUAUAUUUAAAAAAAAAAUUCAAAAAUAUAUUUUCGUUUUGAAAUA